CAAAGCUAUAAUAAAGUGAGCAUUACACUAUCUACUCAAACGCGGUCCGCUGGCGCACCAGUUCGCGUCUUUGUCACCUGCUCGUGUGUUCGUGCACGUGCUUCUCGGUCUGUGGGUGUGGUGCGUUGGUGCAUAAUGCGGCUGGUAAUAGAUGCGAGAGGCGGAGGCGAGGAGUCCGCACCCAGCUCUUUGCAAUCAAAUUCUAGCUAUGGAAUAUUCGGCAGCGCGUGCUCCGACAUGUCAGACUGCGAGUGCGGCGCGGAGCACUAUCACUAUAAGACUUACAAGAGUCCGUUCUGUUCGCACUCGGAGAGCUUCAGCAGCGCGAUGAACUGCGGCGAGCGCACGCCGCUGCUGCCCGCGGCCCACACCGACCCCGUUCCAAUCAUGUACAACACCAUCUCCAGCUCGGACUCACUGGGUCCUGGUGAGAUCUCCGGUCGUGACAUCAUAGAGACGUACAAGCGCCUAGAAAAGGAAAACAAGUCGGAGCCGGAGCGGAGUCAGAGCUCGCUGGUCACUAUAUUCUCGGUUUGGAACACGAUGAUGGGUUCAUCGCUGCUAGCGAUGGCGUGGGGCGUAGCACGCGCGGGGCUGCCGGUCGCACUGCUGCUGCUCACGCUGAUGGCGGCGCUGUGCCUCUAUACCGCACACAUCCUGCUCACCGUUAACCGGCAUCACGGCGGCGCGCGCUGCGAGGUGCCCGCGCUCUGCGGCCGGCUGUUGGGUGCGGGCGCAGCCGCCGGGGCGCACCUCUUUAGUCUCCUCGUGCUGCUCGGCGCCACCGUCGUCUAUUGGCUCCUUAUGGCCAACUUCCUCUACCAUACCGUCAAUUACGUCAUGGAUUUAACGCCUACGAAUGGCACCAAGGACAGCACUGGACUGUUGUGUCCGAAGCAGGACGCCGCGCCGGUUGCCGCGGCGCCGCUCUCGCCCUACUGGGGGCUGCACACCACCGUGCCGCUCUAUGUCGCGCUCGGCAUGUUCCCGCUACUCAACUUUCCCAAUGUCACAUUCUUCACGAAGUUCAAUUCAUUAGGCACACUGUCGGUGGCCUACCUGGUGGUGUUCGUGGUGUACAAGGGCGUAUUGUGGGGCGUUCACCCGGCGGUGGGCGGGGCGCCGGGAGCUGGGCCGGCGGUACACGGGGCGGGGCUGGACGCCGCGGCGCUGAGCGGUAUGCUGGCGCUCUCAUUCUACAUACACAACAUCAUCAUCACCAUCAUGACCAAUAACCGCAAGCAGGAGAACAAUGGCAGGGACCUAUCGAUCGCGUUCCUCCUGGUGACGGUGACGUACACUGUGGUCGGCGCCGGCUUCUACAUUUGCUUCCCGCUAGACAAGGCCUGCAUUGAAGACAAUAUCCUAAACAACUUCGAGAUGCACGACGUGAUGACGGCCGUGGCGCGCGCGCUGCUGCUCUUCCAGGUGGUGACGGUGUAUCCGCUGGUGGCGUUCAUGCUGCGCUGCGAGGUGGUGCUGCUGCUGGGCCGCGCGGGGCUGGCGGCUGCGGGCGGGCUGUCGCGCGUCCUCACGCUGGUCGUCAACGCGGCCAUCGUGUUCGUAUGCGUGUUGCUCGCCUGCCUUUGCCCGAACAUCAGCACCGUCAUCAGAUACACGGGCGCGGUGAGCGGGCUGGUGCACGUGUUCGCGCUGCCCAGCUUGCUGCAGCUGCGCUCGCUGCGCCUGCGCGGCCGGCUCAGCUGCGGCAAGGUCGCGCUCUACUCGGCCAUCCUGCUCUUCGGCGUCGCCAACCUCGCCAUGCAGUUCUUUGUUACCUAACAAGUACUAAAGCUCGGAACAAACUCAAAAAUCUUAGAAAGUGUGGUACGAUAGUAAGAAAUUAUAUUAAAUAGUUCUACGAAAGUAACUACUGUUUAAUAUUGCUAUAGUAAACGUAAAUUGCUCUUGUAACGUUUCGAAUUUCGAAAUGAAAUCGUAUGUAAGUUUUCCUCACGAUCUCAUUUGUUAUUUUAUUGUCAAUGGUUAAAUUUUAUUUAUCCUUUACGAUUAUUUGUGCGAGAAUAUUUUUAUAUACGAUUUUUUCUAAGAAAAUUUCUUGUAACUUUAGUCUCCAAAACAUAAACGUAUCGUAUAAUUUUUCCUCUAGUCAUAGUUAUU